AUGUCGGCGUCCUUUGUGUUGAGGAGCGUUCGGUUCCUGAGGAGAGCCCCCAGGCCCCCCGGCAGUGUGCUCUACCAGGGUUCGCGAAGGAACCUGCGGCAUAUGGUCGCUGUGAGCCAGGCAGCCUCAGUGCAGUGGAAAGCGGGACUCGCGUGUGCUCUCCCUGUCGGUGUUGCCUGCUGCCUCGUGGCCAACAGCAGUCGGGGUUCUAACCCCGGGGAGGACAAGCUGCUUCGUGCCGCCAAGCUGGGUCACGUGGACGAAGUCCAGAGGCUGCUGAAAAACUCGAAGGUCGACCCUAACUGCCGCCAUGCGCUUGGCUGGACACCUCUUCACGUGGCGGCCAUCAACGGACACUGCAACGUCAUGGCAGCGCUUCUGGAUGCCGGCGCCGACGUGAAUGCCGGAGACGAGUUCAGCAACGUGUACCAGACCGCUCGGGAAAAGAACAUGAAUUCCCUGGAAGUGCUGGUGCUCAGGGAAGACGAGUUCAGCAACCGGCUGAGCAACCGAGCGUCAUUCAGCGGCUGCACAGCGCUGCACUAUGCGGUUCUUGCGGACGAUGUGGCCACUGUCCGCACCCUCCUUGAGCGCAAUGCUGACCCCACAUGCUGCAACGAUCAGGGGCACCAGCCUGCGGACUACACACGAAAUCCGAGUGUCCGCAAGAUUCUGCAGGAGCACGUCGACAAGCACAAGGAGCGGAUGCAAAAGUUGGAGGCGGAGGAGCGUCGCCGUUUCCCGUUGGAGCAGCGGGUCAAGCAGGUGAUUGUGGGACAGGAAGGGGCCAUCGCAUUGGUGGCGGCCACUAUCCGACGUAAGGAGCUUGGAUGGUUCGACGACGAACAUCCGCUAGUGUUUCUUUUCCUGGGGUCCUCCGGCAUUGGCAAAACAGAGUUGGCCAAGCAGCUGGCUGAAUACCUGCACGGCGACAAGCGGGGCAAAGGUACGAAGAAGGGCUUCAUCCGGCUGGACAUGUCAGAGUACCAGGAGAAGCAUGAGGUGGCCAAGCUGAUCGGGUCCCCGCCAGGCUACGUGGGGCAUGACGACGGCGGUCAGCUAACUCGGCGGCUGCGUGAAUGUCCCACGGCAGUUGUGCUCCUGGAUGAAGUGGACAAGGCACAUCCAGACGUUCUGACGGUCCUGCUGCAGCUCUUCGAUGAGGGCAGACUCACCGACGGCAAGGGUAAAACUAUAGUCUGCAAGGACGCCAUUUUUGUGAUGACCUCCAACCUGGCCAGUGACGAAAUCGCCCAGCAUGCCACCGAACUGAGGCGGGAGGUUGAGCGGCUAGCGCAGCAGCGUAUGGCCCUGCAUAGGGACGAGUCUCAAGACCCUGCAGAGGAGGUGAGCAUCCGGAACGACUUCAAGGAGCGUGUGGUGCGCCCCAUUCUCAAGCGGCACUUCCGGAGGGACGAGUUCCUGGGCCGCAUCAACGAGAUUGUCUACUUCCUGCCCUUCUCGAGGAAAGAGCUGACGGCACUGGUCACACGAGAGCUGGAGGGUUGGACGCGGCGUGCUCGGGAACGCCACGGCAUUGAGUUGACAUGGGAGCGGCGUGUGGUUGAGCUGCUGGCAGACGGCUACAACGUGCACUACGGGGCGCGUUCGGUCAAGCACGAGGUGGAGCGGCAGGUGGUGAACCGUCUGGCAGAGGCCCACGAGAAGCAGCUCAUCGAUGCGGGGUGCACGGUGCAUCUGGUGGUGGAGGGUCCAGAGGCCGGCCACAGUCCCAAGGUUGGCCUGCUGGUCAGGAGCAAGUCCCAGAAGGGCAUUGCACUUGACCUGCCCCUGAGUAACAGUGCUCCCCUGGGCAGCCCUCAGGGCUGACCUUUCGGCAGGACGGAGUAAAAUUUAUUUACACCCUG